CAGUUCAAUCACCUAAUAAUAAUAAUAAUAAUAUAAUACUGCUUGUUAACAAUGCUGGCUUGCGAAAUAAUUAGUCAAUUGACCUAAUUCAAAUAAUUUUUAUCAAUGAUGUAAUAAUUAUGUAGGGAAUGAGAUUCAUUUAACACGGCCUACAAUUUUUAACUACUGGAAAUGCCAUUAAGUUUAUAUUUAGGCGAUUUGUCUAACAGAUUAUUUUUCGUGGACCUUUUUCGUAAUGCAUGAGAAUAAUAUAAUAUUCGCAAAAUAUUAGAAACUUGCACAUGCACACCAAAAAUAUUACCUUGUACUGAAGUGACCAUCUAUGAUAAACAUGGAAUCUGAGAUUGAGAUAUACUAGUCUAUACAGUGGCCACAGAUGAAACGGAUGGAUUUUCGAGAUACCUGGAUUCGGUCACAAGGUUUGACAUCAAACCGAAAAUCUUGGGAUGGGGUGAGCAAUGGAAAGGUGGACAAAAUAUGAAAACCAGCCCAGGAGGCGGAUGGAAAAUUAAUCUCUUGAAAGAGGCCCUAGAACCAUAUACCAAUGAAGAGGAAGAAAAGAUAAUGCUGUUCACAGACGCAUAUGACGUCAUUUUUCUGAGCGAUAUCGACGAAAUCGUUCGUAGAUUUAAAGCCAGCAAUGGCAGGGUUUUAUUCGCGGCGGAGGCUUUUUGCUGGCCUAAUGUUGAAUUAGCCCCUAAAUAUCCAGAAGUAGUUCAGGGUAAAAGAUUUCUCAAUUCGGGGCUUUAUAUUGGUUAUGUUCCUGAAAUAUAUAAUAUAUUAAGUCGAGCGGACAUAGAAAAUACUGCAGACGACCAAUUGUUUUUUACUGAAGCCUACUUAGAUGAAACCUUCAGAACGAAAAAUAAUAUUAAGUUGGACCACACAAGCGAAAUUUUCCAAAAUGUAAAUGGGGCUGCAAAUGACUUGGAAAUCCAAUUUAAGGAGAACAAAGAUGCUAAAUCCGAAGAGUACUUUCUCAAGAACAAGGAAUUUAACACGCAACCGUUGAUUGUACACGGCAACGGUCCCUCCAAAUUAACCUUAAAUUAUUUAGGAAAUUAUUUGCCGAAUGGCGUUUGGAAUUCCAUUGACGGCUGCACCGCAUGCAGAAAUAACGAAAUCAACUUAACUAAGAAGAAGCCAUCACAAUGGCCUACAGUCUUUUUGUCAGUAUUCAUAGAACUGGAUACGCCCUUUAUUGAGGCAUUUUUCCAAAAAAUCUACAAACUUGAUUACCCGAAGGAUAAGAUACAUUUAUUCAUUCAUAAUGCUAUGAAAUAUCAUUCGGAUCACGUGAAAAACUUCACUGACCAAUUCGGAUCAGAGUAUUCUUCAGUUAAGCAAAUCAAACCAGAGGACGGUUCAACUGAAUGGAACGCCAGAGAUUUAUCUUUAGAGCAAUGCUUGUCAAAACAAUGCGAUGUUUAUUUCGCUGUUGAUUCAGUCGCGCAUCUUGAUAACCCUCAAACAUUGCGCCUUUUGAUUGAACAAAAUAGAUCGGUUGUUGCUCCCAUGUUGAUCCGACCCGGAAAGGCCUGGAGUAAUUUUUGGGGUUCUCUGACAAAGGAUGGAUUUUAUGCCAGAUCCAACGACUAUAUGGACAUCGUUCAUAAUAUAAAAAGAGGUCUUUGGAAUGUACCUUUUAUCAAUGGCGUCUACUUAAUAAACGGGACCCUUCUCCGCAAAUACGAUCGCACAAAGAUUAAUUAUGACAGGCCGAACAUAGAUGCCGACAUGGCCUUAUGUGCGAAUUUGCGCGAUCUGGAGGUGUUCAUGUACGUGUCCAACCGAUAUGACUUCGGUCAUUUGGUAAACGCGGACACUUAUGACAUUACCAGAGCCGAACCUGAUAUGUACCAAAUUUUCGAGAACGAACAAGAUUGGGAGGAGGCGUAUAUACACCCAGAUUAUCCAGAAAAUUUAAAUCCGGAAAAGGAAAACAAACAACCUUGUCCCGAUGUUUACUGGUUUCCUGUAGUGACUGAAAAGUUUACUCGUUCUCUGAUAAAUAUGAUGGAAAACUACGGAAAGUGGUCUUCUGGCAAAAACGAAGACGAACGCCUGGAGGGUGGUUAUGAAGCGGUACCGACCCGCGACAUUCACAUGAACCAAGUGGGUUGGGAACGUCACUGGCUGUAUUUCUUGCAAAAGUACGUCAGGCCGUUGCAAGAGCACGUGUUUACGGGAUAUUACCACGACCCACCCAAAAGUUUAAUGAAUUUUGUUGUUAGGUACAGACCUGACGAACAGCCAUUUCUUAGGCCACAUCACGACAGUUCGACUUACACAAUCAAUAUAGCAUUGAAUAGAGUCGGCAUAGAUUAUGAAGGAGGCGGUUGUAAAUUUAUUCGUUACAAUUGUAGUGUCGUUGAUACCAAAGUUGGGUGGAUAUUGAUGCAUCCUGGGAGAUUGACACAUUUUCAUGAGGGUUUACGAGUAACGAAUGGAACGAGAUACAUUAUGGUUGCCUUUGUUGAUCCAUGAAAGAAGAAUCUCACUUUUUCAAGUUAGUUGGAAGGAACCGAAAUAACAUUAGUGUGAUUCACGAAGUUGAAUAAUUGUAAUAUGCAUUUUAUAUACAUAGAGUUUUUCAAAAUUAAGUAUUAAGAUUUGAGAAACAUAUUUUUCAGCUUGAAAUAAGACAUUUUUGCACUAUACACUAUGCAAAGUCUUACAAAGCCGGCCUUUGAGUGUUAUUUUCAUUUCAAAUUUUUUGGUUUCAUGACUAACAUUUCUUUUUAUUUUAAACUAGUCUACCUGUAUUUGUUUAAUAUAAAAAUUCUACCAAAUUCCACACUGUAGAUUGGUCACGAAGUGUUUUGUGGACACACAUUUACAGGAAAAGAGUCUUAUUUGUACUCGAAAAACGUUCCUUAAGGUGGGUAAAAAGAAACGAUUUUUUUAUGACCUGGCAUACAAAAACUAGUUGCUAGUUACCUCUAGAAAGUACUUACCACGUAUGAGAUCUUUAAUAUUAAUGGAAAGAUUAUCCUCAUUAUAGUUUUAUAUUUUCGACUUAGUCUUAUAUAUAAAUAAUCAUAUGUAAAUGCGAAUUCUUUAAAUUCUUCGAGCUUUGAACUGGAUUAUCUUUGAAAUAGUUUGAUUUAUCAAAAAAGUAUAAUAGACCAUUUUUGUAGAUCGUUCAAUUUCCUAUAAAAAAUAUCAAUAAAAUGGGCUUAAUAUUCUAUUGGUGAUAGGAUAUGAGUAUUUGUAUAUGAAACUAAAUCUUCUCAUUAAUAUUGAAAGCUCAUAGCAUGGUAAGUACUUUCUAGAGGUAACUUUUUGUAAGUUUGGUAAGUUUUUGUGAUGUCGAAUCCAAAAAAAAAUUAUCGUUUUUUUUGUACCUACCUUAAUGUCCCUCAAAUUUUAAUACUGAAUUUUGAAACAGCGUGUAUAUAUUUCCCUUUCUCUUGCUUGUUUGAAGUGGUAACAUAAUACUUUUUUACCUGCAAUCCAUGUACAGUGUCUGUUAGAAUUUUUUAUACAAUAAAAUAUCCUGCUUU